CGCCCGUCGCCGGGUUUGGUGCUCGCCCCGGCGCUUCCGGGCCCGGGAUCCCAGCGUGCCGGUCGCCGCCGAGGGAGGGAAGCCCAGGGCGACCAGCCGCUACGUAUGUGAGAGCUCAGGCUCCUUGGACAUCUGAACAACAGACCGAGGAUCCAGCUGGAGGCACUCUGCUUGGGAAACUCUGGUGUCCAUGUUCCAGAGGAACGGGAUGCGCUGCUGAGAUGGAAGGUUUGUCCUCUUCUGAGUCCGCCCUUCCCCAAGAGGGCCAUCGUCUGCUACCAUUAGCCAGUUUUCAAGAAUCAGUGACCUUCAAGGAUGUGAUAGUGGACUUUACCCAAGAAGAAUGGAAACAACUGGAUCCUGUACAGAGAGAUUUGUUCAGAGAUGUGACCUUGGAAAAUUAUACACAUCUGGUCUCUAUAGGACUCCAAGAUUCCAAACCUGAUGUGAUUUCCCAGUUAGAGCAAGGGACAGAGCCAUGGGUAAUGGAGUCUGGAGUUCCAGUUGCUACCUUUGAAGACUGGGAGACAAGACCAGAAAAUAGCACAUCAGUCCCACAGCUGAACAUACCUGAAGAACAACCAUCUCCAGAGGCAUCAGUCGAAAAACACAACAGGAAUGAUGCUUGUAGUUCCAACUUUUUAGAAACUAGGGCAUCUGAAGGCAGUCUAGAAAGGCAGCAGGCAAACCAACAGAUACUGCCAGGGGAAAUAAAUGUAACUGAAAAGACAAUACCCACUUGCGACAGAAGCCCUAUAGCUAAUGUUGAAAAAAGUACCACUAUUAAUUCGACCGCUGUAACACAAAUAUCUCCAGGAGAGACCCCUACUAAAGCAAACGUCAAACAGAAUUUAAAUCCAGCCAAAAAAGAGAAGUCUUGUAAGUGCAAUGAAUGCGGGAAAGCUUUUAGUUACUGUUCAGCUCUUAUUCGCCAUCAGAGAACACAUACUGGAGAAAAACCCUACAAAUGCAACGAAUGUGAUAAAGCCUUCAGCCGGAGUGAAAACCUUAUAAACCAUCAAAGAAUUCAUACUGGAGAUAAGCCAUAUAAAUGUGAUCAGUGUGGAAAGGGCUUCAUUGAGGGUCCAUCUCUGAUUCAACAUCAAAGAAUUCACACUGGAGAAAAACCCUAUAAAUGUGAUGAGUGUGGGAAAGCCUUCAGUCAGAGGACCCAUCUUGUUCAACAUCAGCGAAUUCAUACUGGGGAGAAACCAUAUACUUGUAAUGAGUGUGGAAAAUCCUUUAGCCAGAGAGGCCAUUUUAUGGAACAUCAGAAAAUUCACACAGGAGAAAAACCUUUUAAAUGUGAUGAAUGUGAUAAAACCUUUACCAGGAGCACACACCUUACUCAACAUCAAAAAAUUCACACUGGUGAGAAAACCUAUAAAUGUAAUGAAUGUGGGAAGGCCUUCAAUGGACCCUCAACAUUUAUCCGUCAUCAUAUGAUUCAUACUGGUGAAAAACCUUAUGAAUGCAACGAAUGUGGGAAAGCCUUCAGUCAGCACUCAAACCUUACACAACACCAGAAAACACACACUGGGGAGAAACCUUACGAUUGUGCUGAGUGUGGAAAAUCCUUUAGUUACUGGUCAUCCCUUGCACAACAUCUUAAAAUUCAUACUGGAGAAAAACCUUACAAAUGCAACGAGUGUGGAAAGGCCUUCAGUUACUGUUCAUCCCUUACCCAACAUCGGAGAAUUCAUACCAGGGAAAAGCCCUUUGAAUGCAAUGAAUGUGGAAAGGCUUUCAGUUAUCUCUCAAACCUCAAUCAACAUCAGAAGACUCAUUCCCAAGAGAAAGCUUAUGAAUGUAAGGAAUGUGGAAAAGCCUUUAUUCGGAGUUCUUCUCUUGCUAAACAUGAAAGAAUUCACACUGGGGAGAAGCCGUAUCAGUGUCACGAAUGUGGGAAAACCUUCAGUUACGGCUCAUCCCUUAUUCAGCACAGGAAAAUCCAUACUGGAGAAAGACCUUACAAGUGUAAUGAAUGUGGAAGAGCCUUCAACCAGAACAUACACCUUACACAACAUAAGAGAAUUCACACGGGCGCAAAGCCUUAUGAGUGUUCUGAGUGUGGCAAGGCCUUUCGACAUUGUUCAUCUCUUGCUCAACAUCAAAAAACUCACACAGAAGAAAAACCCUACCAGUGUAAUAAAUGUGAAAAGGCUUUUAGCCAGAGCUCCCAUCUGGCUCAGCAUCAGCGAAUUCACACUGGAGAGAAACCCUAUAAGUGCAAUGAAUGUGACAGAGCCUUUAGCCGGAGCACGCAUCUGACUGAACAUCAGAACACUCAUACUGGAGAGAAACCUUAUAACUGUAAUGAGUGCAGGAAGACUUUCAGCCAGAGCACUUACCUUGUUCAGCAUCAGAGAAUUCAUUCGGGAGAGAAGCCUUUCGGAUGUAAUGACUGUGGAAAAGCUUUCAGGUAUCGUUCUGCUCUCAACAAACAUCAGAGACUGCACCCUGGCAUCUGAUUACUUUAGUAACAUCAUACGUGUAGGGGAUACAUUUACUGUAGUUUGUCCUUUUGUUAAGUCCUGAAGAAUCAGAGUGGACCAAGAAACUACUUAAAAUACUGCAACUUUUCUUUGGUCACUAUGAAAUGCAAAGUACAUUAGGCUGAACUAACCAAUUAUGUUGUUAAACAAUUUUGUGACAUUGGAAAAUUCAACUUUGAAGCUCCAGUUUCCUCUGUGAAAUGAGGAAUUUGGAGUAGAUGAUUUCAAAGGUUACUCGGAGUUUUAUAUUCACUUUUGUAUAGUCUAUAUUCUUGAAUAGGAUUACUUUACAUCAGCAUUUUGCUAUGUUGCAUCUAGAGUGUGUAUAUUGAUGCAUGUUUUGCCAAUAGGAAACAUUUGUGCUUCAGUAAUACGAGUGGGGAUCUAUUAUGCUCCUGUUAUAACAAGUUGAAGUAAAUAACUGGUUCCUAAUAAAAAGAAUUAUACUCUCAAAUUAAUGAUUUAGUAGACUAUGUGGCUUAAAUCAGUACAGAUAAUUAAAUCUUCCUACUAUU